AUGGCAGUUAAGAAGAACACUUUGUACUUCAGAAUCCAUUUCUUCAUCUUGUUCUUCUGCCAUGCCAUUAAGGCUGAAAAGACCAACUUGAAUGAGGAAGCAUUGGCUUUGAUAUCGAUCAAAGCUGGUUUCAUUGAUCAUUUGAAUAGACUUCACGAUUGGAGAUUGCCAGAAAAUGAGGGUCUAAAUGAUUCAGCUCAAUGCAGCUGGACUGGUGUGUGGUGCAACUCCGAUGGGUUAGUUGAAAAGCUUCAUCUUUCUCGUAUGAAUCUCAGUGGCCGAGUUUCGGAUGAUAUCGGAAACCUGAGAAGCCUCAGAUCUCUUGAAUUGUGCUCUUUCCUCUUUGGUUUCGGAAGGGCUUCGGGGCUGACUUUGUUGAAUGCUUCAAGCAACAAUUUCUCUGGCAUUCUCUCAGAGGAUCUCGGCAAUGCAACUUCAUUGGAGAUUCUAGACCUGAGAGGGAGCUUCUUCCAGGGUUCAAUUCCCAAGUCUUUCAAGAACUUGCAGAAGCUGAAAUUCCUUGGCCUUUCCGGGAAUAAUCUCACCUGCCAGAUACCGGGAGAGCUCGGGGAGCUUUCAUCGGUGGAGACUAUAAUUCUGGGGUAUAAUGAGUUUGAAGGUGGAAUACCAGUUGAGUUUGGUAACCUCACUAAUCUUAAGUACCUUGAUUUGGCAGUUGGCAAUCUUAGUGGUGUGAUUCCUGCUGAACUAGGGAGGCUUAAAGUAUUAGAGACGGUUUUCUUAUAUAAGAACAAUUUGGAAGGCAAUAUUCCAUCAUCGAUCGGAGAAAUCGGUUCGUUGCAGCUGCUGGAUUUGUCUGAUAAUAUUUUAUCCGGUGAAAUUCCUGCUGAGAUUGUUGAGCUCAAGAACUUGCAGCUCUUGAACUUGAUGUGCAAUCGGUUAUCAGGCUCGGUUCCUGCUGGACUUGUAGCGUUGACAAAAUUGCAGGUGCUUGAGUUGUGGAACAAUUCGCUCAUUGUGUUCAACAAUUCAUUCUCAGGUUCAGUUCCAGUCAGCUUAUCAAAUUGUCCAUCACUUGUUCGAGUCCGAAUGCAGAAUAAUCGUCUAUCCGGGAUGAUUCCUGUUGGAUUUGGCAAACUUGGGAGCCUUUAGAGGUUAGAAUUGGCAGAUAACAGUCUCACUGGUGAAAUACCUGAUGAUAUUGCUUCUUCUAAAUCACUUUCUCUUAUUGAUGUUUCGAGUAAUCGCCUUCGAUCUUCACUUCCUUCUACCAUAUUUUUGAUCCCUAGUCUGCAAUCGUUUAUUGCCUCGGACAAUAACUUGGUUGGUGAGAUCCCAGAUCAGUUUCAGGAUUGCCCCCCACUAGCUGUGCUUGAUCUCUCAUCAAAUCAUUUUACAGGAAGUAUCCCGGCUAGUAUUGCUUCAUGUGAGAAAUUAGUUACUUUGAACCUGAGGAAUAACCAAUUGGCCGGAGAAAUUCCGAAAUCGAUUGCUAUGAUGCUGACAUUGGCUGUUCUUGAUUUGU